AUGAAAUUUACUACUGCUUUCGUCGCUUUUGUCGCUCUCUCGGCUUCCACUGUCAUGGCUGAUCCUACCAACAGCACUGUCCCAAACAAUGGCAUGGGCGGAACUCUGGCUACUGCUAGUAUCUCGGUAGAGAACCCCAAUGCUGCCCACAGCGCUUCCAACAAGAUCAAUACUGGUGUCAUGGCCGUUGCCUUGACUUCGGCUGUCACUGCCGCCUAUGCUUUGAUGUAA